CAGUAGAUUCUUGAUUAUUCUUGAUUUUCAGAUCAAACAAACAAUGAAUACCUAGCAUUUCACAACAAAAAUUGAAUCAAAACCCCUUUCAAGAAACCAUAAAUUUACAUCAAAAAUCAAAUCUUUCAUUAAUCAUUCUUCAAGAAUGAGAUAAAUUUCCCACACCCAAAAAACCCCAAGAGCCAAAAAAAAAAAAAAAAAAAAAAGGGAAAAGAAAGAAAAAAGUUAAAGAUUAAAAGGAAAUAAUGGGGCAAAACACAGGUGCAAGUGGCAAAAGCAAGAAAGUAGAAGAAGAAAUGAAGAAAGAAACAUUAGAAGGAGAAGAAGAAGUUGAAGAACAUGAUGAACAAGAUGGAAUGUCUGUUCAUUCUCCUUGUAAACCUCAAUCUUCUGCUCUUAGAAAGGAGCAAUCGCAGGUGGAAUUGGAGAUAAGGUUGUUGGAGGCUCUUGAAAUCUAUCCCCCCGCCAAAUUGAGAGGCAUACAUCGUCAUUUUGUCCUUUACGGCUUAACAGAAUACCUUCGUAGAAGCUUCAAUAGGCAGUUUGCUCCUGAUGAUGUUUUGAAGCUGCUAGAUCGCUUCUACAACUUGGAUAUGGUGAAACCAGAUGAUGAGGAUGCAGAAAUCCUAAAUCAGGAGGAAGAGUUUUGCCUGCCACAAAGUUAUUUCUCGAAGGAGGAAUCUUGAACGAGUUUGGAAUCGAUAUGGGAUUUUGGACUUCAUAUAUGACAGUUUUUGUAUAGUAGUAUCAGGGUGGUUAAUGUUUCUUUUUUGAUGCCAUAAUCAUUCUACAUCUUCUCUUUGAAUCUUUGAUCUUCCUUAACAGGCAGUCUAUCUUACUGAAAAAUUUGUAUGCUUACUGAGAAUUGAUUUCAGCUUCCUAA